GCAGAAGUGCGACAUCCGAAAAAAAACCCCGCUUUGGCAGAGAAAUGGUAUCGUCCAAAGAUGGCAGCCUCCGUGUGGAAGCGAUGUGUGACUGCAGCAGUCAAAGUUAAAUGUUUCUCUCUGUCCUCAGCCAGAAGAUGGUUGCUCUCAGCAGCGUACACAGACACCAAAGUGUGGGAGGCCAGAGAGAAAGAUCCUCAGAACCUGGCUGUUCUGGCCAUCAAUAUGGAAAGGACAUAUGAUAGGAAUCUCCCAGUUAGCUCUCUGACUGUGUCACGGUUUGUUGACAACAUUUCAUCUCGAGAGGAAGUUGAUCAAGCAGAGUACUACCUUUACAAGUUUCGUCACAGUCCAAACUGUUGGUACCUGAGAGACUGGACCAUUCACGAUUGGAUCAGACAGUGUCUAAAAUACGGGGCCAGGGAGAAAGCCCUGCACACACUUAAAAACAAGGUCCAGUAUGGAAUAUUCCCAGAUGACUUCACAUUUAACCUGCUCAUAGAUUCUUACAUUAAAGAUGGAGACUUUAAAAGUGCCUGCUCGGUGGUUGAAGAAGUAAUGCUUCAGGAGGCCUUCGACCUUCCCUCCACGCAGAUCCUGUCUCUGCACGCUCUGGGUAGUUACAUAGCAUCCAGACCACAACUCGCUUUGUCAGAGGAGCGGGCAUUGGGAGCAUCACUGCUUAUCUGUGGACUGAAGCAAGAUAGCACUGUUGGGCUCAGCGCCCAGCUACUUGGCAAUGCUCUCCUAGGCAAGGUAGAGAUGUUAAAGGGCAUACAUGCCGUGUUCAAGGGGAUGCCUCUCUUCUGGGGUUGUGGGUAUCUGGACCGAGCACUGGCUGUCAUGGAGAGAGUGGCUGCUGCUUCUGGUGAUGUCAAGCUGUCCAAGUACACACUGGACUACGUGAAUGACUUGCUGCAGGAACUGUGUUCUACCUCAGACACUGAUUCCUCUGGAGAGGAGUCAGCAGGUGACGAGGACAAGAAGGAAGACACUGUAGAUGAAGAUGAUCAGGCCGAGCGGGCUAGGCUACCUCAGUAUGCCAGCAGAUUCAAGGAACUGAGCAGGCAGCUGGAGUCUCUGGGUAAAGUGGACUCUGCCUCCUUCCAGGAUUUAGUUACCACUCUUGCCCAGCAGAACCUGGCGGCUGCAGAAAAACCCGACUUGGAGCAGUACGAGAGCCGGAUGCAGGCAUGGGAGGCUGAGAAGAGGCAGCUGAUUCAGAGAGAGAAAGCAAUGAGGGAGAAGGCCGAGCAGGAGAAACAGGAGCGGUUAGCUUCAAAGGCUGCAGCCCAGCAGGCAUAGAGACUCUUAAGAUGGAGUUGAAUGAAGAUCACUAAACUGUCUAUUGAGUACGUACAUUCAAAUUGUAUAUACUUAGGAUAUAACAUACGCCUCAAAUUGUGAAAUAUCAACAUUACAUCUGCUUGUGUCAUUAGUUACUUUUGUAAUUCAAUUAUUGUGUUCUUAUGUAAUUAAGUGUUGCUCUGUUUUUAUAGAAUUAAGAGCGGCAAAUAUAAAUAUAUUGUCAAGAUAAGGUUUCAUUUGUAUAUGAAAUUCUGUCUCUCAUUUACCAAUUUUCUGAUUUGGACUACGGGGAUGAUAUCAUUAUUGGAACUUAUGCACACAUCAAUUGUUGAGCCUGAUCAUCGGUUGACCUCGUGAGCAAAAAAGGGUAAAGCUGGGGAAAGAUCUUACCAUCACAUCCUCCCACUCCUCUGUGUGUGUGUGUGUGUGUGUGUGUGUGUGUGUGUGUGAGAGAGAGAGAAGCAUCUUUGGACGUUUUCUCACAGGGGAUUGAAGGGGGGUAUUGCACAGAAGAAUUUGCUGAUAGCCAAUUUUUUGCAUGGAAAGGAAUGCAUUUAUGACCAGAAACCUUUCGUGUAUUAGAUCCUGAACAGUAUAAAUAGACACAGUGUACUUCAGUGUUUGUUAAAAAGUGAACCUCUCAACAGAGUGCAGCAUCAGCUACUACAGCAAGAGCACACAAUUAACUGGCUAAUAGUUAACUGGCAAAUAAAGGAAAGCGUGUUUAGACGCCACAGAAAGAUAAGAUAAUAGAUCUUUGGAGAAGAAAAUGCUGUUGUGGUACUGCACGUAAUGUGUUCAUUCCACAUUAUGUUGCAGCUAUUCAGUAUUCAGAGCAUGAUCUUGGGAAACAGCUUGGUAUGCAGUCUAGGAUGAAUGAGCAGCACGAAAUGUUUAAAACAAGAACUAUUGUGAUGGCUCUUUGCUGCUUUUCUGAGAGCAGCUCCUCACUCAUAGCCAGUGUGUCUUUUUAUAUAAGCAUCAGAAAUGCAAUUUAGAGGUUAGAAAAUAGCAUUAUUUAUAUUUAGUCCCUUCUGAAUAUCACAACAUGGAGGUGUUGCUUCUAUCCACCACCUGAAACUGAGCAUGUAAGUUUUCCUUUUUGACCUUAAAAACAGCAACUCAGUCCAGGGUCAACGAAGUGGAGACUGACGCAUCACUAAAUUAAAACAUAAUAUGUGACCCUUUCAGAUAGAAGAGUAAGAGGUAAUACGGUUUACACAUGUGUCCUGGCACUGGAUUAAAAUGCUGUUUAAAAAUGACGUAAAAUGGCAAGUUUUUAAUUUGAAUUUCACGCAACAACACAUACCUGAAUUACAAAACAUUAAGUGUCGCUAGCAAAGUUAGUGGAAGGUUAAUAACAUUUCCCAGUCAUUCUUCACUGUAUGAGAAGCAUUGGUACUUGCUCUAAAACAUUUCUCGAUGCAUGUAAUGUCAUUCUUACAUUCUCAAGUUGGAAAAGUUAAAUUUACAUUUAGCUGACACUUUUAUCCAAAGCGACUUACAAUUGCUAUACAUGUCGCACGCCUCUGGAGUAUGACGUGUUAAGCGUAUUGCUCAGGGACACAAUGGUCGAUGGGUCACAGUGGGGGAUUGAACCCGGGUCUCUCAAACCAAGAGCAUGUGUUUUAUCCAUUGCGCCAUUGCCACCCUAUAUUGAAUAUAUUCUAAAUAAUCAAGGAAUGAACACAUAUCCGGACUUAAUGACCUAUUCAAGGGUAGUGAGUCCCCACUUUUUUUUUCACCUCUCUUGUUUAUUAUAUCAUAAAUUAUACUUUGGUGUUCAUUGUUUGCUUAAAAUGAACUGAAAAAUUGUAUUGUGGAGAAUCUAUUCAGUCUAGGGAUGUGUAGCAUAUCCAUGCUGACAAAAGUUUAACAUUUAUAUUUGUAUGUGAUCUAAGCAGCUUAGAACUAGCUCAAGGGGAAGUGACCCGGUGGGCUUCGAGAGGUUUUAUAAAUCCAGAGCACAUAAUGUAAAAACCAGACUAGGCAUCUAAUUAAGACCUGCGUUUAUUUGUGUAGCCACACCAGGUCAGUAAAAAGGACAGGCAUUUAAUCUGGACUAGGCUUUAAUUGAAGUUUUAUGGUAUUUGGAAGUUACGUCACAGCUUGUGAUGCUACAGUGGCUUCCUAUUCACAUAGUUUACCGCUUUUGAUUGAAGCCGCUAUAGACGUUUCCCACACAUUACUUCUUUGUCUUGUCUUUACUAGCUAAGACAAAUCUUUAAGUUUUGUGUUAAACUAGCAAGUAGAUACAUGAAUUUAAGAAUGACUUUACACAGAUGACAUUUCACAACUUAAUUAAUUUAUAAAUAGCGGGCCCAACCUAAUCCUGUUGUGCUGCUUUUGGCUGUAUCACACGGCUCAACAAGUGAUCAGCAGAUCAAAUCACUUGUUAUGGAAAUGUAGAUGUUCGAACUUCCCAUGAUUUAGAGCACAUCUUGGAGAUCUCGACAGUUCAUUCCUGACCUUGGAAACAGCUGAUUCAAAUAAACAAGCAAUCUCAACUCAAGGUCAGUUUUCUCCAGAGCUUUUUGAGAUUGUUUUGUCAAACUCCAGAAAUGAUGUCUUAAGUCCUGUCCCCUCAGGUUGACUGGAAGUUAACCCUGUGAUUAUUUAUGAUCAUGGUCAUUUGUUCCUGGUCACUGUAGUGUUUAUCCAACACUAAUCAAACCAAAUUAAACCCAGUGCAACGCUAAGGCUCACUGAUGUGUUAAAUAGAUGCAUAGUUUUUGUGCAACAGUGGGAAUCUAUUGCAUAGAGCAAUAAGUUAUAGCAGCACUUGAGUGGGAGUAGUAUCAUCAGUAGGGUUUUCAUGGGAUUUUAAGAAAAAUGCAUAAUAACAACCUUAUCCUUUAACUGCUUAUUAUUUAGUGGAGGCUUCGUCGCAAUCUUUCCUCUUCUAUUGACCAUGGUUUAGGACAAUAUUGAUGUAUUGGUUUCAUUUCAUCAAUUUCAUUUGCUGAUUUUUUAAAAUGUUAUUUGUACACACAAUUCCAUUUCACAUUGUGUGGUGCAACUGCCCUUCUUGCUACAUUAAUAACAGUUAAGUGGUGAGUUGAACCUCCGGAUAAGCCAAAAUAUGCAUAUGUAAAUUUAAUAAAGGAAUGUGUCACUA